UUGGGAGGGGCGUGGGUUGCAGACAGCCGCAUGUCUCUGCCCGCCGCCAUUGGCUGGGGCCACGGCAGGGGGAGGGGCUUCCGUGUCUUUGGCCGUUUCUUCAGAGAGGGAGCGAGAAAGAGACUGUCACUAAAGGAGGAUAAAUCACUAAGAAGAGGAGGAGGAGGAAGCCAGGAGGUUCUCCCAGCGUUUCCACUCCAGACCUCGCUGCUGCUGCUCCGGGGAGAAAUAGAAGCUUGCCAGGAACCAGACGGCAAAGUCUCGGGAAAGACCUGAAAAAGUGCCACGAUAAGCAGGUGAAGAGGACAGAGACCACAUCACCCUUGAUGCCUGCUUUUUGCAGCCAGCGGUGUGUUUGCACUGGACUCUGCGUUGGCCACUCUGGGGCCCACACAAAUGUAAGCAGGAGCCCUUGAAGCGGUCUUUGGGUGUCAAGGCUCCUCAAGCAGGAAUUUCGUGAAAGGAGGCUUCUGGGCAGACGGAAAGUCGCAGACAAUGUGUUAAUUUGCUCAGGACGACUUCACCUUCCUCUGUCCUCUCCGUGAGACCAGGUGUCAGGAUGGAAUUAAGUCAUGGUUUGGAUUGAGAGCCUCCAGCUGGUUGCCUCGCAGGGGAGCUACGUUGGUCUCAACGUAUCCUUUUGGGAGACCCGAGAGACUUGGCCAAGAAGAUGAAUUCUUCCCUGGAUCCACUAGACCAGAACUCUGCUGACCUGUCAAACUUCUCCGCUCCAUUUUGCCUGCUUGACAUCAGCUAUUCCAGAGUCUUCACCACUUGCCUUCUGGAGGUCUCCAUUAUAGUCCUCCUCACCGUUCUGAUCAUUUCGGGCAACCUGGUGGUGAUUUUUGUCUUCCACUGUGCGCCUUUGCUGAGCCAGCACACCACCAGCGCCUUCAUCCAGACCAUGGCGUAUGCCGACUUGCUGGUGGGCGUCAGCUGCCUCUUCCCUUCCCUGUCCCUGCUCCAUCACCUCCAAGGACUGGACCCCAAGCUCACCUGCCAGGUUUUCGGCUACCUGGUGUCCGUCUUGAAGUCGGUCUCGAUGGUGUCUUUGGCGUGCGUGAGCGUGGACCGCUACAUCGCCAUCACACGCCCCCUGACCUACGCCUCCCUGGUCACGCCAUGCCGGGUGCGCUGCUGCAUCGUCCUGAUAUGGCUGUACUCGGCGCUGGUGUUUCUGCCCUCGUUCCUGGGCUGGGGAAAGCCGGGUUACCACGGCGACGUGGUGGAGUGGUGCGCCCUGGAGUGGAGGACCCGCCCGGCUUUCACCGCCUUCAUCGUGGCUCUUGUGUACGCUCCCGCCACCCUCACCGUCUGCUUCACCUACGGCAACAUCUUCAAGAUCUGCCGACAGCACACACGGGAGAUCAGCGAACGCCACGCCCGCUACCGACCUCAGCAGCACCAAGACCCCAUCAUGACCUCUGGAUCUCUGGUCAACGAUGACCGGGUGAAGGACCAAAGGCACUUGCCCAGCUUGUCCAAACCCCAAUACCAGCAGCCGUCCCCGACGUACCCGGAUAAACGAUACGCCAUGGUGCUGUUCCGGAUUACCAGCGUUUUCUACAUCCUCUGGCUGCCGUACAUCCUCUACUUUCUGCUGGAGAGCGGCGGGAUCUACCACCACCCGGCGGCCUCCUUCCUCACCACCUGGCUGGCCAUCAGCAACAGCUUCUGCAACUGUCUCACCUACAGCCUCUCCAACUCCGCCUUCAGGAAAGGCCUGAAGCGCCUCUGCUCCUACUGCUUGCAGUGCGGCAGCGGCGGCUGCUUCGGGGUCAGGAAACCCAAGAAGGCCUUUGUCGGAUCGGUGGAGCAGGGGUGCGACAGAGGGGGCGGCACCACCUGUCACGUGUAACGCCCGCAUCCGGGGGUCCGAUCUUGUGUCUCUCCUAAAUGAUCUGAGACGGGAAGGGAGGCGUCGUCCGGCAAUCCGCUGCUUCUGUUACAUUUGGAGGUUGCGCAGACGUCCUCUCUGGCACUGAGAGGACUCCAGAACCACGGAUAAAUUGCUCCAUGAAGUGUCAUUCAAUCAUGGGGGGGGCGGGGCUAACGGAACUGUCAUUUAUUCACCAGAAAAAACAAUGCAAACAGACGUUUGAGGGAGUUCUUGUGUAAGACCGAUGGAACAAGCCAAUGAUGAACUCAUGGACUCUCACUAUUAUGUUAGAUCCACGUUAGGGACAGCGUGGCGCAGUGGGAGAGUGGCCGUGCGCAACCCGAGGGUCCCUGGUUCAAUCCCCACCUAGUACCAACCUCAUCACGUCCGUUGUGUCCUGAGCAAGACACUUCACCCUUGCUCCUGAUGGGUACUGGUCAGCGCCUUGCAUGGCAGCUCCCUCCAUCAGUGUGUGAAUGUGGAAGUAGUGUCAAAGCGCUUUGAGUACCUUGAAGGUAGAAAAGCGCUAUACAAGUACAACCCAUUUAUCAUUUAUUUAUCAUUUAUUAUGUUAGAUCCACUAUGGACUGGACUCUCACUAUUAUGUUAGAUCCACUAUGGACUGGACUCUCACUAUUGUGUUAGAUGCACUAUGGACUGGACUAUCACUAUUAUGUUAGAUCCACUAUGGACUGGACUCUCACACUAUUAAGUUAGAUUUACUAUGGACUGGACUCUCACUAUUAUGUUAGAUCCCCUAUGGACUGGACUCUCACUAUUAUGUUAGAUCCACUAUGGACUGGAUUCUCACUAUUAUGUUAGAUCUACUAUGGACUGGACUCUCACUGUUAUGUUGGAUCCACUAUGGACUGGACUCUCACACUAUUAUGUAAGAUCCACUAUGGACUGGACUCUCACUAUUAUGUUAGAUCCACUAUGGACUGGACUCUCACUAUUAUGUUAGAUCCACUAUGGACUGGACUCUCACUAUUAUGUUAGAUCCACUAUGGACUGGACUCUCACUAUUAUGUUAGAUCCACUAUGGACUGGACUCUCACUAUUAUGUUAGAUCCACUAUGGACUGGACUCUCACUAUUAUGUUAGAUCCACUAUGGACUGGACUCUCACUAUUAUGUUAGAUCCACUAUGGACUGGACUCUCACUAUUAUGUUAGAUCUACUAUGGACUGGACUCUCACUAUUAUGUUAGAUCCACUAUGGACUGGACUAUCACUAUUAUGUUAGAUCCACUAUGGACUGGACUCUCACUAUUAUGUUAGAUCCACUAUGGACUGGACUCUCACUAUUAUGUUAGAUCCACUAUGGACUGGACUCUCACACUAUUAUGUUAGAUCCACUAUGGACUGGACUCUCACUAUUAUGUUAGAUCCACUAUGGACUGGACUCUCACUAUUAUGUUAGAUCCACUAUGGACUGGACUCUCACUAUUGUGUUAGAUCCACUAUGGACUGGACUCUCACAUUAUUAACUGUAUCCACUCUGCAUCCAUUGCACGGACCACUAAAGAGGUGGGGGGUCCCCACAUCUGCGGUCCCCUCUUCUCAUUGUUAUCCCAUUGGGAUGAGUUUUUCCUUGCCCUGAUGUGGGAUCUGAGCCCAGGAUGUGGCUGUGUCUUGUGCAGCCCUUUGAGACACUGGUGAUUCAGGGCUACAUAAGUAAACUUAUUCCCAUACCUACUACCUUUUAUUGAUGUCCAACAUGCUGAAAGUGAAGCAGUCACGUGUUUACACUUGCACAAUCCAAGGAGUAAGACCCAAUCAUUCUGUGAUCCGUGACCACGCAGGGCUCCGACUGUUAUCCUGCUGGUUUUUAAACAGUUUUAUCUGAGCUAUGGAACGCUGCUUCGUCCUGUUCAAUGUGGAGCAAGAAACAAAACCUCCAGAGUGUGUGUUUUGGCACUGAUGGUACACAGACGGUUGGUACACGGUUUAGAUGGUUCAUCCUUGGGCCCAAGAAACCGAGGGAGCGCCUUUUGUUCCUGGGAGCACCUGAACUUAUGUAUGGGACUUGGAGGACUGGGAACUAAACGGACAAAGAGGCCAUUGUUGUCUGACAGGAUCCCUGCGACCUGCAUGUGUUUGUGUGCAUGUAUGUUCCCAUGCUCCAUCAAACUCUUUGUCUUUGAACCAACAAAGCUUUAAAUACCUUGUGUUUUAUACCAAAUAAUGUUGUUUUUUUUGUAAUAUGUGAAGGUUGUUGCUUUGAUCAGCAAAUCAUUCCCUAACAUUUAAAGAGGGCUCUGUUUGUUCUUUUGGACAUGUGACUGUUAGAGCGCGUGGACGGGUUGUGAGUUCAUGGUACUUGCAGCCAGGUAAUAACUUUUGUUUUCUUUGCACUUUCCCAUGUUCCUUAGCUCUAGUGACUCGCUAGAACGCCACCCAUGGCUGGAUGAGACUGUUAUUUAAAGCCAAGGUGCCAACGCGACUUCCGCCUUCCUUGGCUUCACUAACUGUUGUUGUUGUUGUUGUUGUCGUGAUGUUUGCUGUUGUUUGACCAUGACGCACAAGCAUGUUAGGCUGCGUUCACACUCGUGAGCGUUUACUGGCAUUCUGUGACAAUUAUGUCAAACCUGGGUGAAAUACUUGAUUUUUAUAUUCUGCAAUAAUAACAGGCCCAGAUUCCAUCAAAAGAUUCUAAAAUAGACUUUGAAAAUGCAGUUUAGUGACAUAUUACCUGACAAAACUCAAAUAUUUCAAACCAUCUGUUUGGUUAAAUACUUGAUUUUUAUAUUCUGCUACAUUAGGGGUCGGCAACCCAAAAUGUGGAAAGAGCCAUAUUGGACCAAAAAUACCAAAACAAAUCCGUCUGGAGCAGCAAAAAAUUUUAAGAUAAUGUGUCGUGAGAUAUAAAUUGAAUUAUGAGGACUUAAAGGAAACUAAAAGAGCUCAUAUAUAGCUACAAAUGAUGCAUAAUGAUGCAAUAUGUACAUACAGCUAGCCUAACUAGCAUGUUAGCAUUGAUUAGCUUGCAGUCAUGCAGUGACCAAAUAUGUCUAAUUAGCACUCCACAUAAGUCAAUAACAUCAACAAAACUCACCUUUGUGCAUUCACGCACAACGGUAAAAGUUUGGUGGACAAAAUAAGACAUAAAAAGAAGUGGCAUAAAACACGUCUUAGAAAGUCGGAGAAAGUUGUACAUGUAAACCAACUACGGUGAGUUCAAGGACUGCCAAAAUUAGUAGGACAAAACGGCGCUCGCAAAUACUUGAAUCAGUGAAGCAUGUUUAAUAUAAACAGUGUGAUUUAUAGCAAUUAGGGAGGUUUGUGUCAUGUUUGUCCUCCUAAAGAAACCAAAUUGAAACAAAAAAUGUGUUUUUUUCCCCUCAUCUUUUUCCAUUUUUCAUAUAUUUUUGAAAAAGCUCCAGAGAGCCACUAGGGUGGCGCUAAAGAGCCGCUCUAGUGGCUCCAGAACCGUGGGUUGCCGACCCCUGUGCUAUAUUAACACACCUAGAUUCCAUCAAAAGAUUCUAAAAUAGACUUUGAAAAUGCAGUUUAGUGACAUAUUACCUGACAAAACUCAAAUAUUUCAAACCAUCUGUUUGGUUAAAUACUUGAUUUUUAUAUUCUGAUACAUUAGGGGUCGGCAACCCAAAAUGUUGAAAGAGCCAUAUUGGACCAAAAAUACCAAAACAAAUCCGUCUGGAGCAGCAAAAAAUGAAAAGAUAAUGUGUCGUGAGAUAUAAAUUGAAUUAUGAGGACUUAAAGAAAACUAAAAGAGCUCAUAUAUAGCUACAAAUGAUGCAUAAUGAUGCAAUAUGUACGUACAGCUAGCCUAACUAGCAUGUUAGCAUUGAUUAGCUUGCAGUCAUGCAGUGACCAAAUAUGUCUAAUUAGCACUCCACAUAAGUCAAUAACAUCAACAAAACUCACCUUUGUGCAUUCUUGCACAACGUUAAAAGUGUGGUGGACAAAAUGAGACAUAAAAAGAAGUGGCAUAAAACACGUCUUAGAAAGUCGGAGAAAGUUGUACAUGUAAACAAACUACGGUGAGUUCAAGGACCGCCAAAAUUAGUGGGACAAAACUGCGCUCGCCAAAUACUUGAAUCAGUGAAGCAUGUUUAAUAUAAACAGUGUGCUUAAUAGCAAUUAGGGAGGUUUGUGUCAUGUUUGUCCUCCUAAAAAAACCAAAUUGAAACAAAAAAUGUGUUUUUUUCCCCUCAUCUUUUUCCAUUUUUCAUAUAUUUUUGAAAAAGCUCCAGAGAGCCACUAGGGCGGCACUAAAGAGCCGCUCUAGUGGCUCCAGAACCGUGGGUCGCCGACCCCUGUGCUAUAUUAACACACCUAGAUUCCAUCAAAAGAUUCUAAAAGACUUUGAAAAUGCAGUUUAGUGACAUAUUACCUGACAAAACUCAAAUAUUUCAAACCAUCUGUUUGGUUAAAUACUUGAUUUUUAUAUUCUGCUACAUCAGGGGUCGGCAACCCAAAAUGUGGAAAGAGCCAUAUUGGACCAAAAAUACAAAAACAAAUCCGUCUGGAGCCACAAAAAAUUAAAAGAUAGUGUGUCAUGAGAUAUAAAUUGAAUUAUGAGGACUUAAAGAAAACUAAAAGAGCUCAUAUAUAGCUACAAAUGAUGCAUAAUGAUGCAACAUGUACGUACAGCUAGCCUAACUAGCAUGUUAGCAUUGAUUAGCUUGCAGUCAUGCAGUGACCAAAUAUGUCUAAUUAGCACUCCACAUAAGCCAAUUACAUCAACAAAACUCACCUUUGUGCAUUCACGCACAACGUUAAAAGUUUGGUGGACAAAAUAAGACAGAAAAAGAAGUGGCAUAAAACACGUCUUAGAAAGUCGGAGAAAGUUGUACAUGUAAACAAACUACGGUGAGUUCAAGGACUGCCAAAAUUAGUAGGACAAAACUGCGCUCGCCAAAUACUUGAAUCAGUGAAGCAUGUUUAAUAUAAACAGUGUGAUUUAUAGCAAUUAGGGAGGUUUGUGUCAUGUUUGUCCUCCUAAAGAAACCAAAUUGAAACAAAAAAUGUGUUUUUUUCCCCUCAUCUUUUUCCAUUUUUCAUAUAUUUUUGAAAAAGCUCCAGAGAGCCACUAGGGUGGCGCUAAAGAGCCGCCCUAGUGGCUCCAGAACCGUGGGUUGCCGACCCCUGUGCUAUAUUAACACACCUAGAUUCCAUCAAAAGAUUCUAAAAUAGACUUUGAAAAUGCAGUUUAGUGACAUAUUACCUGACAAAACUCAAAUAUUUCAAACCAUCUGUUUGGUUAAAUACUUGAUUUUUAUAUUCUGAUACAUUAGGGGUCGGCAACCCAAAAUGUUGAAAGAGCCAUAUUGGACCAAAAAUACCAAAACAAAUCCGUCUGGAGCAGCAAAAAAUUAAAAGAUAGUGUGUCGUGAGAUAUAAAUUGAAUUAUGAGGACUUAAAGAAAACUAAAAGAGCUCAUAUAUAGCUACAAAUGAGGCAUAAUGAUGCAAUAUGUACAUACAGCUAGCCUAACUAGCAUGUUAGCAUUGAUUAGCUUGCAGUCAUGCAGUGACCAAAUAUGUCUGAUUAGCACUCCACAUAAGUCAAUUACAUCAACAAAACUCACCUUUGUGCAUUCACGCACAACGUUAAAAGUUUGGUGGACAAAAUAAGACAUAAAAAGAAGUGGCAUAAAACACGUCUUAGAAAGUCGGAGAAAGUUGUACAUGUAAACAAACUACGGUGAGUUCAAGGACUGCCAAAAUUAGUAGGACAAAACUGCGCUCGCCAAAUACUUGAAUCAGUGAAGCAUGUUUAAUAUAAACAGUGUGCUUAAUAGCAAUUAGGGAGGUUUGUGUCAUGUUUGUCCUCCUAAAGAAACCAAAUUGAAACAAAAAAUGUGUUUUUUUUCCCCUCAUCUUUUUCCAUUUUUCAUAUAUUUUUGAAAAAGCUCCAGAGAGCCACUAGGGUGGCGCUAAAGAGCCGCCCUAGUGGCUCCAGAACCGUGGGUUGCCGACCCCUGUGCUAUAUUAACACACCUAGAUUCCAUCAAAAGAUUCUAAAAUAGACUUUGAAAAUGCAGUUUAGUGACAUAUUACCUGACAAAACUCAAAUAUUUCAAACCAUCUGUUUGGUUAAAUACUUGAUUUUUAUAUUCUGAUACAUUAGGGGUCGGCAACCCAAAAUGUUGAAAGAGCCAUAUUGGACCAAAAAUACCAAAACAAAUCCGUCUGGAGCAGCAAAAAAUUAAAAGAUAAUGUGUCGUGAGAUAUAAAUUGAAUUAUGAGGACUUAAAGAAAACUAAAAGAGCUCAUAUAUGCGUGGCGCAGUGGAAGAGUGGCCGUGCGCUACCCGAGGGUCCCAGGUUCAAUC